ACCCGGCUCCCUCCAAUGGCGUCCGAGCGCCGGGCCCGCCCUCCUCCAAUGGGAGGAGCCGGUCUUGGUAACGGUGCGCCAAUGGUGGGAGAAGCCGGAGUCCUUGGUAACCAGGCCGGGGCCCUUCCAGGGAUGUGGACCUGCGGCGGACGGAGGCGGCGGAGGGUCCUGGGGGCCGUCUUUUUGGUCCUGCUGGCCGCCGUCGUCGUGCGAAGGUAUUAUCCGUGCCUUCCCGUUGUUUCAGAGGCCUGUGGGGAUGAUGUGGUUCAGAGGUUGAACUUAACUGAUUUGGUCCCCAUGAGGUUGAGGGGCAGGAUCCUGGGCUUACAGGCCAAAGACUCCCAAUUUGUACUGGAGCAGAGGCCAUUCCGCAUUUUGGGUGGUUCGGUGCACUAUUUCCGUGUCCCACGAGAAUACUGGAAGGACCGCUUGAUGAAAAUGAAAGCAUGUGGCUUGAACACUCUCACAACGUAUGUCCCUUGGAAUCUUCAUGAGGCAGUAAGAGGAACGUUUGACUUCAGUGGAAACUUGGAUCUGCAGGCUUUCAUUAAGACAGCGGAAGAAGUUGGGCUGUGGGUGAUUCUCCGCCCAGGACCUUAUAUCUGCUCUGAGUGGGACCUUGGUGGUUUGCCUAGCUGGUUGCUCCAAGACCCUGAAAUGCAGUUGAGAACAACGUACCGGGGUUUCACAGAGGCUGUGGAUAACUACUUUGAUCACCUGAUGCCCCAGGUGGUUCCUCUUCAGUACAAGUAUGGUGGUCCAAUAAUUGCUGUGCAGGUGGAGAAUGAAUAUGGCUCCUAUGCCCAAGAUCCAAGUUACAUGAAUUAUAUCAAAAUGGCCCUGCUAAGCAGGAAGAUUGUGGAGCUCCUGAUGACCUCAGACAAUCACGAGGGACUGGCCUCUGGCAUUGUGGAAGGAGCCCUGGCCACACUUAACUUUCAGAAGCUGGACCCGGCUAUCAUGCUCUUUCUCAACACAGGGCAGCAGUAUAGCAUGCCAAAGAUGGUGAUGGAAUACUGGACUGGAUGGUUUGAUAGUUGGGGAGAACUUCAUCAUGUCUUCGAUGCAGAUGACAUGGUACAAACAGUUGGAAAAGUCGUGAAGAUGGGAGCAUCCAUCAACCUCUACAUGUUCCAUGGAGGCACAAACUUUGGCUUUCUGAAUGGCGCCCAGCAUUUUCAAGAGUACAAACCAACCAUCACCAGCUAUGACUAUGAUGCUGUGCUCACCGAGUCAGGAGACUACACCUCCAAGUUCUUCAAGCUGCGACAGCUUUUCACAGAAAUGCUGGGGACCCCUUUACCUGUGCCUCCUGUAAUUUCAAAUAAGGCAUCAUAUGGGGCAAUCCUGAUGCAGCAGUAUGUUUCUCUCUGGGAGGUGCUGCCAUCUCUGGUAAAGCCCUUCAAGUCAGAGCAUCCUAUUAACAUGGAGAAUGUCCCAGUGAAUGAUGGCAAUGGACAGGCCUUUGGGUAUACACUCUAUGAGACUGUCAUACCUGGCGGAGGAACAUUAUAUUCUCAUGACCAUGUCCGGGACAGAGCCCAGGUGUUUGUUAAUACUCAGUGUACUGGCCACCUCGAUUACAACACACAACAACUGGCAAUCCCUAAUGGAGAGGGAUACAGGAAACUCCGGCUCUUAGUCGAGAACUGCGGGCGAGUCAAUUAUGGGGAGCAUCUCAAUGACCAGCGAAAAGGCUUAAUUGGUGACAUCUCUCUCAACAAAACCUCCUUAAGGAACUUCAAGAUUUACAGCCUGGAGAUGAAACCCAGCUUCAUGGAAAGUCUACGUGGAUUCACUCCUUGGAGCGCCGUCCCUGACAGUGCAGUAGGGCCUGCUUUCUUCCGAGGGACCCUCCAAGUGCAGCAUUCGCCUCAGGAUACUUUCUUGAAGCUUGAGGGCUGGGAAAAAGGAGUUGUGUUUGUUAAUGGGCAGAAUCUUGGUCGCUACUGGAAGAUUGGUCCUCAAGAAACACUGUACCUCCCAGGGACGUGGCUCCAGGAGGGUUACAAUGAGAUUGUUAUUUUUGAAGAGCGUGCUGCAGGCCGGAUAAUCCAAUCCACGGACUUGCCUUUCCUAGGGAAGAUCCAGUACGUGAGCUGAGUCUAGACGGUGGUCUCCUGGCUGCUCAACCCUCUAACUGUUCAUCUUAAGCACUGGUUGAGGGUAUGCUUCGGAAAUCAGUUCAUGGGGCACAGAAGUCUGGAAGCAAGCAAGCCUCCUCCUCCUCUAUUAGAUCCUUUUGAAAGACAUGCCCCUUUGUCAACACAUUUCAUGGGUGUGGGUGACAUUUGAUCCGUUAAGGCUCACCUUGUCCAUGAAUUUAGGAGGAUGACUCUGAAUCCUUGAUGUGAGAAAGAAUUCCCAAAUAUCUAGGAAUCUUUUCCUAGAGAAGUUCAACUCUACCACUUGUUUUCCCCCAGUUGUAACAAAAGAAGCGGAGGACCUCACAAAGGGGUCAGUUUGCAAGGGCUGUCAAAGGAUCUCAUGGAUUUAUGAAGUUCAUCUCCAGUGAUUCAGCUUGAACUGGGCACCUUCUUGUUCACAGUUGGGAGAGAAACAGUCUCAUUGCCCCCUACAUAAUCUGGCACAUACUGGACUUUCUAGACAGCUUGUUACUGUGAAGAAUAGAUUGUCUUUUAUUCCUUUCUCAGGUGCCUAGUUUGGUCCUUGGGUGGGACGGGUAGAAAUGUUAUCUUUACAUAUAUGCCUCAGUUUGGUAGUUCAACCCCAGGAUGUAUAUUGUUAUUUGUAUUUAAAGAACCACAAUACGUCCUCUAAAUCCCAGCAAUGGACAGGGAGACCUGUGCAAGAAAUGAGAGGAGGUGGCACUUGGGAGUGUUGGCACUUGAGAAUUGUACUUUAUGUAUAACCUCAAGCACACAGAAUAUACCACAGGGAGGCAAGUUCAGUGUUGUCUGUGGGACAUGUAGAGCAGCUUGUCACAGGUACCUCUGCCAUCACAUGGAAAAAACCAAUGACGCCACAAGUUAAGCUGCUUCAGUCAGUGGCAAGGCUGCAUGCGGUUUUAGGAAAGGGAUGCCCCCAGCAAAAACUUAAGUUCAUAUACAUCCUGACAGCUACAAACAUGCAGGAAUCCUGUAGUUACGCGUGUUACACCUAUGGGAUGUAUGGUAAUUUCCCCUCUUUAGACACCUAUGAGAAGCUUAGGACCCCAUCUAUUCAUGAUCUGGAAGAUGUCAACAGAAUUCUGGGCAUUCUUACAUCCAAUAGGAAAGGAAGUGAAUAGUGGUGUAUAGUUGAACAUGUAGUGCAUUUAUGUGAAGGGAACUGUGGGGGGAUGAGAUGUCCUGCUCCUCCUUCUCCUCUUCUUCUUUGGGCUCUCUCUGCAUUAUAGUAACCAGGACAUCUGUUCCCCGCCUGGCAUUCUUCACAUGUGGACUGCAAUUCCCCCCCCCCCAUCCCCAGCCAGUAUGUCCACUAGUUUGCUGGCUGUGGAUGAUGAGAGCUUCAAUCCAAAACAUCUGGAGACCACCAAGUUGGUGAAGGCAGAAUUAGAACAGGAGGGUAAAUGUAGCUUGCCUGAUUUCUUUAAUAUAGCACGAAAAUUUCUUACACCCCCAGAUAGUACAGUCCAAAAUUGGGAUUGUGCAGUCCAGAGGUCUGCUGCCUUGUUUUGGCUCUCCUGGAAUAGACUGGCAGGACUUUAUGUGUAGUCCGCACACUUCUAUGCCAUAUGAAGGGAGUGAGGCUUUCUGACUGUUCUCAGCCAGUCUUCCUCCAUUCUUUGUUGGCAUCACUGAGAGUAGGGCAGAAAUAAAAGUCAUGAGAGUUGGCUUGAUAGGGGAAACACUUCUUUUCACAUGCCUUCCCCUGAAUCCAAAAUAUUCUGAGAAGCUACUGCAGUGUGUCCACAUGGGAGGGAGUGCCCAUUUUGCAGCUGGAACUUGAAUUUUCAACAUGAGGCAGUCAUUUGUCCAUGGUCACUUUCCAUUGAUGAAAAGAGGAAGAUUAUGGAAAAGCAUGAGGCAGAGUAGACAACAUGGCACCCUCCGGAUGUUGUGAAGUCCCCUGAAUCACAACCAGCAUGGCCAGUGGCUCGGGACUGUGAUCCCACAAUAUGGUGGGCCUCAACUUGUCUCCCCGCAGCUGAAAGGAUAUCCUGAGUUCUUGCUUUUCUUCCAAUUUUUAAAUAACUCAAAGAGCUUUUCUGUACCCUUAUAGGGUUUAUCCACAAGCUGUACGCUGCAGUAGUCCAAGUGCUUGAGACCAACAAAAGCUCCAUCAGUGCUGGUUUUGGGAAUAUUUCCUUCUCAAGAUGCCAUACUCAGGUCCUCCUUAUAACUGGUAGUGAUUUCCCACCUCCCCCUUCCACUCCCCCAUCCCAGCCACUUGGUUUAAAAAAAGAAAUUGAAUAGGGCACCCAACAUUUACUUACCUGUUUAGGAAAUCAUUUCAUCCUGUAAUCCCAUUUCCCUUCUUGGCAUACCUAACCCAGCAUGGCUUGCAGGCACAAGAAAUUUUGAGGGGCGUCUGGCUGUUAAAAACCAUAUUUAAUUUUAUUUAAGAAAUUAAACACAGUUGAUUUAAAACUUGAGAACAGACAGUGCAGCUUCAAAAUAAAAAUAAACCCAUUGUCUAUCUGGAUUAUGUGCUGCCCACCCGUGGAAACGCGGGUGGCUCUCAGAGGCUCAAAGGCAACAGUGCCCCUGUUAACACCCAUGACAGAAACCUGGGCACUCAGAGGCCUGCAGUCAACAAAAGCACCUUUGCAAAAUAAAAAGGGAAUUUCUUAGGAUGCAUCUUUUCGAUUUAUUGUAAAAAAAAAAUUGUUCAUGAUUCACCACAAUCUGGCAGGGUUAUUGUUGCUGUAAAUAAAAGAGACAAGACAUGCUAAUAAGAGGAGAUGGCAGUUGGAAACCACUCUUGCAUUGUGAAAACUCAAGUCAUUAUAUAUAUAUAUAUAUAUAUAUAUAUAUAUAUAUAUAUGCCUCUCGUUUCCCUUCGAUAAGCUUGAUCUGGAUUGUGUUUCUUCAAGCCUCUGACUCCACCUCAUAAUGGAGUGAAGAGCCAGCGCAAGACAUUAUGAAUUGUCCAGAUUUCAUACUGUUGAGUUUUGAAUUUAGCCCAACAUUUUUCCCUCCGGGAAAAAAGGUUUUUCACAGUUGGAAACUAAAUAGCCUUAUUGGUUUUAAGGCAUGUUGGUUUGGUUUUCUCCCCUCCACUGGAUUGUUUAAUAAAUAGUGCCAUAAAUGGAGAAAGAAAAUAAAAAUGGUCUCUAUUAUUGUUACGAA